AUGACAUCGAACCCGCCGGCCGAACCGCGGCCUCCAUCGUUAAAACGUCCUCCCGAUCAACUCCGACCACCUCAUGAGAGACACCCCAGCAAUCCUUUUCUAUCGGCUGCACGGGCACCUCAGAUUCAAACACAAGUCGUGGAUAACAAUGUGGAGGACCGGCCAGCGAAGAGGCGAAAGGUUGAGCUGACUUCCGCCACUAACCAGGCUGCCGUCACCACCAACAAUGCCAAUUCGACUUCCAUCCCGACCCAUUACUUGGUGGAGAACCAGGUGCCACACUUCCACUUGGUCCAGAUGUCGAAUGUCAGCCCUGAGAUCAUAACCCAGGGGGGAAACAACGAGCAAGAGAAAGCAAGUGACACAGAAGCCCCGGAACUACCACCUCGGCCCUGGAACACCUCACAGCAUUCGAAUGUCCCUGACGAGCCUAAGCCGAGCCAUCGAUCGCGCGUCCAUAUCCCUGUCCCAACCACCCCGGACUCCAUGAAAGAGCCGUCCUGUGUGCCUCAUUUCGUCAUGCAACGACCAGCUGGCUUCUUCCCGUGGACGGGAAAACACCCCGAAGAUCUUCUAAGCGAUAUGACAGUCAAACAAGGCUAUUUCGACAAGCCACCCAACCCAACCGAGAAAGAAUUAAACACUGCGCGUGUUCCACUAUACAAUGCUUUCAAGCACAAGUCCGGGGUAGACAACCUCUCCAUUCUCUUCUCGCUGGUUCUGGAUCAAAGGAAUCAACAUGGCCUCAUCAGUUCCGUGUCCAACUUCAAACCUCCUCCGCGAGUCACUCUUACCGAGGCCAAACGGAAAUCAUGGAUCUCAGACUUGGCCAAUGCAGAUGUUCCUUUACGAAGACUGAGCCGGACCAUUCCCCAAGGUAUUCGAGGUCAAAUCUUGCUAGACCAGUGUUUACAACAUUCUGUCCCACUCAGCCGCGCUAUCUGGUUCGCCAAGUGCGUUUGUGCCAACGAGAUUCGCACCUUGAAACGAAAAGGAACUACGCCUGCUGUGGCUAUUGGGGCAGAGUAUAAAUGGCUUCGAGAAUGGACCAUCAAUGUGGAGCAAUUCAUUGAGGCACAGCUGGACCAGAGUCGUGUUCCAGAUUGGCGUUCUUAUAUUCAAUAUGCGCUUCGGUUGGUGACUCGUCUCUAUUUGGAGAAUCUACUGGAUAGGGAUCACUACUUGGAUUGGAUUGUCAAGUCUUUUGGUUCCGCGAAAGUAGAGGCGGUCCCCUUUUGGCUUAUGGUGAUUCAGAUAUAUAAAGACGACCUGACGCAUUUCCGAAAGCGGGGGAGGAAGCUGGCCGAGGCAUUCCUGGUGAGAUACGACGCCAUCAAAAAAUCCGCUAUUCCUGCAGAGACCCCCCUACAACAGAAACUCCAUCAGAUGUUACGGGGACUGCUCUUUUCCCGGCCUAACAGCUUUCUCAUGCCGGGCAAAUGGCCCGAGUAUGUCGCCGUGGUGGAAUCAUGCCUCGAUUUGGACUCCCCUCCAGAACGCCAUAUUCUGUCCCAACUGAACAGGAUCAAUAAGAGGGCCAUGGGCUACAAUAGGCGGGAACUUUCUUCUCAACGGUCACCCGAACAGGCUGUGAUCGAGAUAUUGGACUCUGCAGUUGCACCCUACGACGUUCCUGUCCUUGGUCAAACUCUAGCAUCUGCCUGCGGCAAUACGACACUCCUCAUCUCUACAUGUCUUGGUUGGGCAAUGACACGUUUUCGGCAUGCCACUUCUAGGAUCUUCUUGUUCGCCCGUCUCGUGAAACGUUGGCAGAAAGCCGGUCACGAUGUUGACUCCAUCAUUCUCAACUAUAUCUCGGCGUGUCGCUCUGGGAAGGUCUCGGUUGAUGGCGCCGCCUUGAAGCAGUUGACGGCUCAGCUCUCGCGGUCGGGUUUGUUCCCGGUCGGAAAAUAUAUUCAAUGGCUCAUGGUCCGAGGCUUGCCCGAGAAGGGUUCGAUUACAUCUCAGAACUUGGGUAUUGGCAUAAAGCCAGAUAGCAUUGCGACAAGCAAUGGUUCGGUCGAUUUUGAUCCUGCCCAGCUUCUACUUGACAUAUCAUUACAACAUGUCGAAGAUCACACAGUCAAUCUCCGAAGCUCCGUGCUGAGUCGGGCCGGGUUUGAUAUUGAAGGAGAGGAUCGUCUUGUUCAGGGUUGUCGAAGGGCCAUUUUACAAGAACUGAGACGCCGAGGUCCAAGACUCCAGGCAAAGUCUGAUGGCCAAGAUCAUCCAGAGCCGGCAUUUUCACGACUGCCCUGGACUGUGCGAUCAGCAGUAUCAAUCUGGCUUCGUUCACAGGUUGCUGAGGCGGUUGCGGCUAGUGCACCCAGCGCAGACGCUCACGCAAUACUUACCAGUCACAUGAUGAUCAACUGCGAACAGUUCUACUAUAUUCGGCAUGUUCUCGAAGCAUUGGAAGACGAAGCCAUCCUUGCAGAUGUGAUUGGUAUUUUGAGCUGCACACGCGAUGAAGAAUUACUUUCUUCUCUCGUGGCCACACUGCAAUAUCAUGGUGAUGCAUUCUCUGCUCUGGGCGCCCUGGAGCCGCUACAACGCCAGAUCUGCCAGAUCUACAUGAGUUGGAGGGCAACUCGACCGACCAUGCCACAUUUGGCCACGGCACUUCUCGAUCUCUGCACUAGCUUUCCAAUCAAGGUUCCCUCAGUCAAAUUACUACAGCAAGAUCUCGUGCGAGGAGAUCGUGGACGUGCCGUUGCAGCAUGCUCCCCGUACUCCGAUGGCAUCGCGGAAUCCCUUCAGCAGGCAGGAGCCACAUUCAUCGAAGAUUUCGAGGCGAUUCUGCAAUCGGAACCUAACAUGAACGAGCAGACGAUGAAUGGAAUGUUUACCGUGCUGACGGAUCGGAUCGAGAAGCAGCAACAUGUCCCAGAAGAUGGCUCGACCUUAUUUUCGUUCUGUCAGCUUCUGAGCCGCUUGAAACUGUGUCGGAAAGUCCAAGGCGAUGCUCUUGUUAAGAAAUGGUUUUCUCGAUUGGUUACAGCGCUUGAAGGGGCUUUUGGGACGGCGCUUGUCAGGGACCUGGUUGCCACUGGAUGUCUAGGCUUCGUCAGUCUGUUUGAGGCUUUGAGCCUGAGUAAAAUGGAUUCGAGGAAGAGCAAGCCUGUCAGAAAUAUCUUGAUUGAGGCUUUGGGUUUAUCCCCAAACUCGCGUGAGGAUCCAGUCAUCUAUCAUGUUCGAACGAAAUGGUGGGAAUAUGUUGGACGAGAACCACGAGCCGCUUUGGAAGUUCUGUGUGAUGUGGGAGUCAAGAACGAACUACAAGCCUCUGAAAGGAUGUUGCUGGCGUCUCUCGUGAGCCACGAUUCGACUCAUUCACCUCUGAUGUCUGCGCAGGCUAGCGAGUGGGCUGUCAAGGCGCUCGACAAAUUGCUCCUCGGUUCGAACGGCACCAAAAGGGGAUCAGAUCUUCGGGCCUUGUUUGGGUCGAUUGAUAGCUUUUCGCAUCGGUUUGUUCAGCUCAGAUUUUCACUCAAUACCCCAUUGACGUCCGGCAAAGCCACUGGACCUGACGGUGAAGAACUUGCCAAUGGACUAUUUGAGGCGCUGGAGCAGCAAGUGGGUGGAGAUGCCGGUGUUACAGGCGACGUUUCACGAUUCUCGCAACUCCUUCAGACAGUAGGAACGGAUGCGGCCAAUCAAUUGCGACACAAGAUUGAAGCUGAAUUCCUCGAGGCCUUGCCCAAAACUCCCUGGAACAAGGUGGCCAGUCCGCUAACGGCUACCUUCCCGAGCGAUGUGCACCACUUGGCGUCGAUUGUCGAGCGAGCAUUUCAAGUUUGCACACCGGCAACGACGGCAAUGCCUGGAUUCAUGUCACAAGUGAUUGAUAAGCUGUCGCAUCAUAUAAAAUCGGUCGGAACCCAGGUGUCUCCAUCUGGUGCGCCGGUUAUUCCAGGACUUUCAGGUUGUACUGCCAGCAUGAGUCCAGCGCCCGGGCUGAAUAUCACAUCGAGUCCGAUGCCUACGCCAUCUGAAAAUGUCCCUGUGGCGGUGCCGUCGUGGAUCCUCGAAUAUCUUCGGUGCAUGUUGCAGAUGAUAUGUCUACAGCGAACAGGACUGAUCUUGGCCGGACGAUCAUUGAAUGGGAAACAAGCGCAGCAAGAACAGGUGCAACUUCUCGUCCGAUUGGCGUUGAUCGCGUCACAGCCUAUAUUUACAUCACCGACCAUAAGCUUCAGCGGUAAGGAUGAACAGCAGACGGCGCGCGGGAUCCGAGAAUUCAUCCUCGACGUGAUCGCAACCAUUGUGGAUGAAGCCAGCGAUGAAGUCAAAUUGCUGAGCGGCAAGAUGUUGAAGGAUAAGCUCCACCGAGAAAAUCGGCUUGUACACCUCUUUGGCAGUGUCAAUGGCAUGGGCUCAGUGCAGACUCAUGACGCUGGCCAUGGGCUUUUGAUCAGUAAAGAGGGCAAGGGAGUCCUGGGUGAUUGGAAGCCGAGGGUUUGGGAGGUCAUCGACCAUGGCAGUGGCAAGGAGAGCGAGACAAGCCUUGGGUUGGGGUUGUUUGGUGCCCGACUUGGAUAG